GUGUCCCCGGCGGAUCGGUCCUGGGCCUCGGCUCCGGACAGGGUCCCGGUGCGGAUCGGCCCUCCAGCUCAGCAGAGAAUAUGACCCAGAUGCAACAAUGACGUCCAGAUUUGGUAAAACCUACAGCCGCAAGGGAGGAGAGGGCACGUCCAAGUUCGACGAGGUUCUGUCCACCAAGAGAGGCACCCUCAGCACCAAAUGGGGGGACACCACCUACAAGGCCAAAGUGGGCUCCAAGCGCGCCGGCUCCACCAAGACCGACUCGGUUCUGGAGGUGUACAAGAGGCCUCGCCCCAGCGGCGACGGCUUGGACGACCCGUUCGGCUUCGACAGCGACGACGAGUCCAAGCCGGUGUCGUCCCGGAGCGGCAGCAAGGCGUCGCCCGCCAAGCCGGCCUCGGCAGAGCCGCCCCGGGCCGAGCGGCCGGGCCUGUCCCUGGACCCGGGCAGCAGGUCCAGUCUGCACGGAGCCCCCCCCACCGGGGCAGCUGCCAGAGGGGCGGCGUGGAACCAGCCGAGGGGGGUGGAGGACACGGCGCGGUUCUUCAACAGCAGCAGCGCUAUCAUAGGAAAGUCCCAGCAGAGCUCCUUCUCAUCACUGGAGAACCAGCACAGCUACUCCUGGUACCAAAAUGCUUCUGAGAGCGACAAGAAGCCGCUGGCACAGACCACCACCCUGAAGACGGGCUCCAAGGCAGAGUCUUCCUACAGCUCCUGGGAUGCCAUCAUGGGUCUGCGUCCACCCUCACCUUGCCAGGAGCCUCGUAACCCCGCCCCCACGCUCUCCUGGGUGUCAGCGGGUGUCACCAUGGGCGGCUGCGACCUGGGCCCGACCCGACACGAGAAGCCACCGUCUCCCCCACGUCUUCAGAGUUCCGUUGAGAGCCAGGACCUCGGGGGGGACUCUGACUUCCUCGUGGAGACCUCGGACUACUCCCAGACGUCCUCCUCCUCGUCCCUUGUAAGAAACACUAACUGUCGGACUUACAGGAGGCCGAACAAACAGGGCACAGGGCCGGACUCCAGCGCCUUAGCUAGCACUGUUUUUGGUGCAGAUGGUUCCAAACCCUCCUCUGACAGCAGUAACAAGACAGCAGGUAGUGGGAGAGGACGGGGCAGGUCAAGGGACUUCACAGUGCUGCACCCCUCCUCCGUAUCAAUGUGUAACGUCACCAUCCAGGACCGAGUGGUGGAGGAGUUUAGCAGCGAUGCAGCGCCCUCUAGUGGCAGCAGUAGUGCCGGGUCUGGCAGCACCACGGAGCUGGGAGAAGCGGGUUGGCAGCGGAAGAAGAUGGAAGAACAAAACUCGAGGAUCAGGCCGACCCAGACCAAGACCAAGAAGGACAGUAAGCUGGAGCUGUUUGGUUUUGAGGACGCAGACACACUUCAGGAGAACAGCUCCGACCACACAGACGGCUGCUCCAACUACAAAAUCAAAUACUUUGGCUUUGACGACAUGAGCAACAGCGACGGCUCUGACGAAGACGACGUUGCUUUCAAAGCAAUGAGGAGGGCCAAGAGGGCUGCCAUGGCAACCGCUGUGGAUACCGCUAUGGAGACCGCUCUGGAGACCGCUCUGGAUACCGCUGAGGAAACACCGACGGAGGAGCCGCCUGAUCCCUUCGAGAUGCUGGAGAGUUAUGAAAGGCCGGCAGCCAAGGAGUACAAGCAGCACUCUGAGAGGCAGGAGAGCCGGAUACGAGCAGAUAUCCUGGACUUCUCGGAGGAAGGUCUCCGGGUGGUGGCGGGCCCUCCCCGGAGGCUGCCCCGGGGCAAACCAGCUGAGAAGAACCCCGACAGCUUACGGAGAAUCUUCAGCGCUCACAAGAAGUCUCCCACCAAAGCUGUGUACAACGCCAGACAUUGGGCGGUGGAGAGUGAAGAGGAGCCCCCCCAAUCUUUCGUCGCAAAGGCACAGACAGCUCCUGCCACAGUCUCAGCCGGAGGAACCAGUAAGGGCCCCUCUGACGCGCAGAAGGACGAUGGCGUUUUCAAGACUCCUCCUCCUCCUCCCAAGGUCACCAAGUUUGUGACCCUCCCCACGACUCUCUACCAGGACACUAUCACCACACUCAAAUGCCGCAAAGAGCACAAGGAGUUGUACACAGUCGUCCAGCAUGUGAAGCACUUCAAUGACGUGGUGGAGUUUGGAGAGAAUCAGGAGUUUACUGACGACUUUGAGUAUCUGGCUACUGGUCUGAAGAGCGGACAACCUCUCAACACACGAUGCCUUAGUGUGAUCAGCCUGGCCACACGCUGCGCCAUGCCCAGCUUCAGGAUGCACCUUCGGGCCCGAGGGAAGGUGGCUCAGGUCUUCAAAACCCUGAACGACGCCCCACAGCACCCGAAUCUUGCUCUGUGCACGGCGUCUCUCAUGUACAUCCUGAGUCGAGACCGGCUGAACAUGGAUCUGGACCGCUCCUGUCUGGACCUGAUGAUUCGCCUGCUGGAGCUGGACCUGGACCAGGCGGGGGGGGCAGUGGCAGACUCCACGGCUCAGUUCAGCGCCAGGGAAAUCGCCAAGAUGAAGGAGAAGAUCAGGAAGCUCUGUGACACGGUGCACAACAAGCACUUGGACCUGCAGAACAUCACGACGGGUCAUUUAGCCAUGGAGACGUUACUGUCCCUGACGUCCAAGCGAGCAGGAGACUGGUUCAAAGAGGAACUGCGGUUACUGGGAGGACUGGACCACAUCGUGGAUAAAGUGAAGGAGUGUGUUAAUAACUUGAACCAGGAGGAGGAGGAGAAGCUGGUGUCGUCUCUGUGGGGAGCCGAGAGGUGUUUACGGGUCCUGGAGAGUGUCACGGUUCACAACCCGGAGAACCAGAGCUACUUGAUUGCCUAUAAAGACUCCUCGCUCAUCGCCUCUUCUGCCAAGGGUUUGGGCCGCUGUGAGGCGAUGAUCCAGCGUUACAGCAGGGAGGUGAACUCGGAUGGAGCCGUGGUGGGGAAAGCAGUAGAGAACUGCAUGAGGGCCAUCAUAGGAGUCCUGCUCAACCUGACGCACGACAACGAGUGGGGCAGUACAAAGACCGGAGAACAGGAGGAUCUGAUCACCACAGCUCUGAACUGCGUCCUCAGAGCUCCUCAGUAUAUUCCACAAGAGCAGAGGUUCGACAUCCGUGUUCUGGGUCUGGGCUUGUUAAUCAAUCUGGUGGAGUACAGUGCCAGGAACAGGUACUGUCUGAUGGAGACGGAGAUGGAGGGGGGUCAGGGUCCGUGUGACUCCACCGUCCUGCUCAACCCUCAGCACCAGGACCUGACCAGCAGCGGCCCGCUCAGCGCCAUCGCUGCUCUCGUACAGCUGUUCCUCCAGCGGGAGCAGGCCGCCAUCCUGGCCGAGGCGCAGACUGAUGACCUCAUCAAGGAGGCGCCGAAGCCUGCGCUGGACAAGAGCGGGGAGUGGCAGGAAACGGGCGGUGAGAUUCAGUGGGUUGCUAAUGACAACCAGCCCGACAAACCAGAAGAAACCAAGGAUAAGAAGAAUGAAGAGGAGGACGAACUGCUGGACCUCAACAAAGCUCUGCAGCACGCAGGGAAGCACAUGGAGGACAGCAUCGUGGCCUCGUACACAGCACUGCUGCUGGGCUGUCUGUGCCAGGGGAGCCCGUUGAAUGUUACUACUGUGAGAGAGAACCUGCCCAAAGGAGAUUUCUCCAUCAUGACAGAAAUGCUGAAAAAGUUCCUGAACUUCAUGAACCUCACAUGUGACGUCGGCUCCACAGGACAGAAGUCCAUCUCCCGGGUCAUUGACUAUCUGGAGAACUGCUAGAGAGAAGCCUGUCUCUCUCUCACACACACACACAGACACACACACAGACACACACACAAGGACCAUCACCAUCAUCUUUCUCUGCUGGAAACAGGAGUGUUGUUUUCUUAUUUCUUUUGACACACGUUCAUCGUCUCUUCUCUCAGUUUUCAACACACGUUCUCAUCAUCCUCCAGUUAAAAUAACGUUUUACUGUUUUGGUUCCUGACUUGACGUCACUUGAACAUUUGUUACGACUUCAUGAGGAGUGAUGACUACCCCCCCCCCCCCCCCCACUCACUAUCAUUCUUUGUUUUAUACACAUUUCAUUUGCUUUUCACUCAUUUUCUAUUUGUUAAAGUUGCUCAGAAGGUUGUGUUUUUUUUACUCCAUGUGUUUGCUCUUGAUGAAUUCUCAGCUCCUCUCUCUCUCCCUUCCUCUCCUCUCUC